AUGCCCGUCGAGGUCGCCUCGAUAAUGUCCACGCCUUUCCCGUCAUUCAUGUCAGUUGUUGGGAAAGCCGAUACCACUUUAGCCAAGGACAUGGAAGAGCUGCCCGCUCCCGAUUCCAUCAACUGCGAUACUCAAUUCCUCGUCACAGACGCGAGCCCAAUAACAGACCCUCUCCACCAAUCUGCCCAAUCUCUACACCAUCGUGACAGCGUCACUUCCAUGACCUCCACCUCCACCGAGUCCUCUCCCACCACCACGAACUCGACCUUUGAUUCUCCCUUGAUCAUGGAUGCUUCUCCUUCCUCCUCCCCAGAAUCCGCCACCUCCAACCUACCAUCAUCCCCCUUCAAAUCAAUGAUGCCACAAUCCACCCUUGAACCUGCCGCUCCAUUUCAACACCGGACUUUUGCCCGCGCCGAGGUCCCUUCUAUGCCACCACCACGGCUUCCCGCUCCACUGGAUACCGCUAAAAACGUCAAAAACUUGUCACUGAACGUCAGUCCUGUAGUCCUCCAACGUCCCGCUACCGCCCAUGGCUUCGAAGGAUCCCAUGCCUUUUCUGCACCAUCAUCACCCAUGAAAGAUACCCCACGAACUGGGAGACGGAAACCAACUAAUUUGACCAUCAGAACUCCGGGUUUCCAACAACUCUCCUUCCCUCGUCCUGGCUUGGAUGUUCCACCCACUCCAAGUUCGCGGCCGUCAUUGCACCACAUGGCAUCAUCUCCCGCGCUGGCAUCUCUUGGCUCACCCACGAAAGCCCCUCAAGGCCUUUUCUUGCACCUUCCCACAAGUGGAAGCGUCCACACUGGAUCGAUGUCCGGUCCCAACUCGGAUUCUAGCGCUUCUAGUCAGCCUUUGAACGUCAAUCUGCCCGAGUUGCGAGAGGAGGAUGAGAUGAAUGGGAUGAAGUCACAGGAGACGCAAGAGAAGGGAUAUCCUAACGGUCCUGUAUUAAUCUAUGACGAAGGACUAUAUCUGUUUCUGGAGCCGACCGCGGACGAAGCUUGCAAAUUCGACACUGUAAUCAACGUGGCCAAAGAGAUCAAGUGUCCUUUUCCAACCACGACUGUGCCCUCAAAACCCGAAAUCACAGAACCUCAGACUGCUAUUUCAGAGAUGUCAUUCAAGUCUGCUUGGGAAUGGCCUCGACCCAGUGAAGUCCCUACACCCACUACUCCCCGACCUGCCUCCUUUUAUCAGCCAAAGCACCCGGAAUAUUUACAUGUACUAUGGGACCACAACUCGGAGAUCUUGGAUGAUCUGUAUUCCUUAUGCCGGCUGAUUGAAGAGCGGAUACAGACAGGUAAAAAGGUCCUCAUCCACUGUCAACUCGGUGUCAGUCGAUCUGCAUCUCUUGUAAUUGCAUACGGUCUUUACAAAGGAUACCAACCAGAUUUCCAUUCGAUGUAUAUGGCUGUCAAGAAACGCAGCCAGUGGGUUGGGCCGAAUAUGAGCCUGAUCUACCAAUUGACAGAUUUCCGCUCCAAGGUGGUGAAAGACGUUUAUGGUGACCACUGUUACAAUCCAAAUGCCUCUUGGUGGGAACUCCAGGCGACCAACGCCUUUCCGAUGUCGGACACUCCAGUUGCAAACACUUCCAGUUGGCAAACCCCUCGUGUCAAUGAGUAUGCCACCCAGGAAAAUGCGAAGACACCCGUCGCCCAGAACCGGAACUUCACACCGCCAACCGUCAGGCCAGGUCCACCAUUGAGGCUGAACAAGGCUCUCCCGCCUGUUCCGCUGUUCCCCAAAGACGCAACCGUGGCAACACCAGUCAAGCUCAGUCAGAUUCUGGGUAGUAUCGCCAAGCCCAGCCCGCCCCAACCGUCAUCCGUCGAAGAGAAGUCAGUGGCUCAGCCAGCAUCGCCACGGCCCCUUCCAUUUCGAGAACAGUUUGAGGGGAAACUAUCACACCAGAUGGCACUGCCCGAGGCGAAAUCGCCCAAAUUAGGUCUGAAAAUUGAUUCACCUAUGAUGGAUCUGGCAAUGCAAGAUGUACCUGAUACACCGUCUCUCCUAUCACCCCGAGCCAGUGAGUUUAUGGCAUCACCUUUUGCAAUUACGGUGACGAGUGAUUUGUCGACCAUCUCAAACCGGAACAAGUCGCUAAAGCCGUCCAAGAGCUUUGUACUGCCUCGCCACCAGGCAAUUCUACCGCCUGCAAACUUGAAUCUAGCAGAAGAUCGAGUUCCAACCCCCUUCGAUCCGCGAAGUCCUCACCAGCAUGGUGAACCAGUGGAGAUUUUGCGGCACAUCGAUGACUUUUUGUAA